GUUACCUUUUAGGAAGUGCUAACUUGUUGUGAUGAUCAUAUGUUUAAUUGUACAUUUCACAUUGUUCAUCUAUUGACCAGAGUGAGUUUUUUGGGUUUCCUUUUCAUUGCUUUCAAGUAUCUGGUCUUUAAGAGUUUCGAUUGUGUUUUUUUUUCCUUCCAUUUCAUGUACAUUUUCAUUUUCAUUUUCCAUCAGUUCAGUGGAGCGAGUUUUUCAGGUUUUCCAUUUUGUCAAUUUCAAGCAUCUGGUCCUAUGAGUUCUGUUCAUGUUUUCUGUUUCCAUUUCAUUGUACAUUUUGCAUUUUCCAUCUAUUGAAUGGACUGAUGUUUUCGGGUUUCCAUUUCAUUUCUUUCAAGUGUCUGGUCUUUAUAAUGUCCGAUCGUAUCUUCUGUUUCCAUUUCAUUUUACGCUUUGUAUUUUCCAUGGGUUGAAUGAAGUGACUUUUCCAGGUUUCCAUUUCACUGCUUUCAAGUGUCUGGCCUUUAUAAGUUUCGUUGUUGUUUUCUGUUUCCAUUUCAUUUUGCGUUUUCCAUCCACUAAAUGGAGUGAGUUUUUUGGGUUCUAGUUCAUUGCUUUCAAAUAUCUGCUCUUUGUAUGUUCUGUUUGUGUUUUCUGAUUCCAUUUCAUUGUACAUUUUGCAUUUUCUAUUCAUUGACUGGAGCGAGUUUUUUGGGUUUUCCAAUUCAUUGCUUUCAAGUACUCUUCAUAAGUCGGUGUGCGUGAAACACUACAUUAAAAGUUGUACAUUACAAACUAUGAAACAAAUUGAUUAGUUUUCGAUUAAAAUUUUGGGUACAAAUUACCAUGAAUAAAAGAUUUUUGAGUACAAAAUUGUUUUCCUCUUGGUAUUGGACUUUUAUGUGGAAUGACAACUAUUUUCUCAUCCAUGAAGGGGCUGAAUUUCAAUAUAGUACAAAGAAGAGCAUUGAGGUUGCGAUCGAAGAAACAUUUCACUUGUUUUUGUACAAAAAUGACAAUGAAACCAUCAAGUAACAUUUGGAUUCGACGUCAGCAGUGUCCAUGCGGAGAUUGGAAGUGUUAUGUUAAGUAUGAAGGAGAUGAUCAGACAUCGGUAAGCUCUCAGCUAAUAAAAAACGAGACAACUUCAACAUCGUCAUCAUCAGAAGCUGUCUUUAUGCCAUAUGUUGGUCAAAUAUUCAAAACUGAUGAAGAUGCUUUUGAGUACUAUAGCAAUUUUGCACGGAAGAAUGGAUUUUCGAUACGGAAAGCACGGUCCACAGAAAGCCAGAAUUUAGGGAUCUACCGACGGGAUUUUGUCUGUUAUCGGUCGGGGUUUAAUCAACCAAGAAAAAAGGCCAAUGUGGAGCAUCCGAGAGAUCGGAAAUCAGUGCGAUGCGGAUGUGAUGCGAAAUUGUAUUUGACAAAAGAAAUCGUCAACGGUGUGACUCAAUGGUACAUUUCACAAUUUAGUAAUGUCCAUAACCAUGAAUUGUUGGAAGAUGACCAAGUACGUCUGCUUCCGGCAUAUCGGAAAAUUCAGGAAGCUGAUCAGGAAAGAAUUCUUUUACUCUCCAAAGCCGGGUUUCCUGUCAAUCGCAUUGUGAAGGUGUUGGAAUUAGAAAAGGGAGUUCAGCCCGGACAAUUGCCCUUUAUCGAGAAGGAUGUUCGGAAUUUUGUACGGACAUGUAAAAAGUCUGUUCAAGAAAAUGAUGCUCUACUUACUGAGAAAAGAGAAAAUGAUACAUUGGAACUUCUCGAGGCCUGCAAGGCUAUGGCGGAGAGGGAUGCCGAUUUUGUUUACGAUUAUACAACAGAUGAAAACAGUAAGAUUGAAAAUAUUUCAUGGUCAUAUGCAGAUUCAGUCCGUGCAUAUACUGUGUUUGGUGAUGUGGUUACCUUUGACACCACGUAUCGAUCUAUUACCUAUGGGUUGCUUCUCGGAGUAUGGUUUGGUAUAGAUAAUCACGGAAAGCCAGUUUUUUUGGGAUGUGCUUUACUGCAAGAUGAAAGUUUGAAUUCUUUUGCUUGGGCUUUACAGACUUUUCUUCGUUUCAUGAGAGGUAGAUGUCCGCAAACAGUUCUAACAGAUAUUGAUUCAAGCCUAAGAGAUGCAAUUGCAAGGGAAUUGCCUGAUACAAAACAUGUUAUAUGUUCAUGGCAUGUUCAUUCAAAAUUAUCGAGUUGGUUCACGCCGUCGCUUGGAUCACAGUAUGAAGAGUUCAAAGCCGAAUUCGAUAUGUUGUGUCACUUAGAGGGUAUAGAGGAGUUUGAACAUCAAUGGAAUCAUUUGGUUGCCCGUUUUGGACUUGCCUCUGAUAAGCACAUAGCUUUAUUAUUUUCAUAUCGAACAUCCUGGCCACUUUCUUACAUCCGAAGUUACUUUCUUGCUCGUUCAAUGACGGCUGAGUUUUAUCAGUCUUUGGAUGAAUUUUUUAAACGAAUCUUGAGUGGACAGACAUGUUUACAAUUAUUCUUUGAGCAGGUUGGGUUUGCUGCAGAUUUAAGAAACCGAAGUAAAGAAGCAUUGCAAUACAUGCAUACCAAGACGUGCUUACCAAUUGAAGAAAACGCAAGAAGUAUUCUUACACCUUAUGCAUUCAAUGCAUUACAACAUGAGAUUGUGCUGUCGAUGCAAUAUGCAACAACGGAAUUGGCAAAUGGAUCAUAUCUUGUACGACACUAUAAGAAAAUGGAAGGUGAAUAUCUUGUGAUUUGGAUAUCACAAGAUGAGCAGAUUCAUUGCUCAUGUAAGGAGUUUGAACAUUCCGGGAUAUUGUGCCGGCAUUGUCUUCGAGUACUUACAGUGAAAAACUAUUUUGAAAUCCCGGAGAAAUAUAUUCUGUUCCGGUGGAGAUUGGAGAGUUCAUUGGUUGCUCUGGAAGAUCGAAAUGGCCAAUGUAACAGUGAUGAGUAUGCUCAAGUCUUUCAUUCUCUAGCUGCAACUCUUUUGACUGAAUCACUGUUUACAAAGGAACGAUUCAAUCAUGUUCAUCGGGAACUUUCAAGACUCCUCGAGCAUGUCCAGAACAUGCCAGUAUCUAACGAGUUUGCUUCGAAUAUGGCAGCUAACAACAUCAGUGAGUCAUAGGUUUGGUGGUACGAAAUCACAGCUAAUAGAUUGACUUGGAGCUUGCUUGCUUGUCGGAACAUUUCGGAGCUAUACAUGUGAUUUAUAAUACAUUCAGCUGUAAAGGUUGGUAUUCGAAAGAUAUCGGGGUUUGUGGAGGAUGAGAUACACAAGUGGUGAAUGCUUUUGAUAGAUACUAGACAUCAAAACACUGUGAGAACAACAUGGAGAUGGGAAUAUACUGACUUUUUCAUUCUCUUUUCACAGAUUAUUUUUCAGGUUUCAAGGUUGGUAUCAUAUAUUAAGUUUAAUAGUUUUCCCUUUUUUCUUUUACCUGGUAAGACAUCAUCGAAAACUUUAUCAACAUCACAUGUAAAUAUGCCAACUUUAUAUAAUUCAAUUUUGGGGGGCAUAGAGAGGAAUUUGGAUAUGGGAUAUGUCUUGUAUUGGAAGGUUUUCGGAGGAUGAUGUGUAUAAUUAUUUAUGAAAAGUAUAACAAUGUAGUUUAUCGUUCGGUAAGGGAUUUCUUGCCCCUAUUAUAAUUCA